CAAGUUUAUUCAUAUUAAUCUAAUUAAACUUGAAUUUGAGAUUUUUUGUUUAAUAGAGUAUAACAAAACUGAAAAUAAAUACAAAAAUUUUCUAAGAUAGCCAUUUUUAAGUUUUUGUCACAAAAAUAGCUUUCAAUGAAAAAAUGACCAAAAAAAGUUUUAUUAAAGGGUAAAAGUAUAUUUUUACCCUAGAGUUAAUUAACUAAUCUAGACUUAAGAUUUAAAGUUAAAGGGUGGGGUUUUGGGGAUAUGGUUUCAAAUUAAAAAAAAUAAAAAUAAAUAUUAAGAGUUUCAAAAUAAAAAGAGUUAUUUUGUUUUUUUUUAUUUGAAAACUAUUUUUAUGACAAAAACUUUAAAAGAGUUAUUUGAGAAAAUUGUCCUGAAUAAAUAUAAUGACGUUGAUUAUCAACUGUAAGCAUUAUGGCAAUUGUUUUAUUUGUGUUUAUUUGAUAUAUUUUAAUGGUAUUACUUAGGACAUUAGAAUAUAAUAUGAUAUGUUAGGAUUUAGAGUUGAUACUAAACAUUAUAAAACUGGAAUAAAAUUCGUUUACAGUUAGCAAAUAUUCGUAAGUUUAGCAUUUGGUCCCAAAAAAACAUUUGUAAGUUUAUUUUUAUUUGAAUUAUUUUUGUAUUGCAAGUAUAUGAAAAGAAACUGAAAAGGAAUCUGCAAAUGUUAUUAAUUACAUUUACUCUAAAUAAGUAACUAUAUAGAUACUUGCAUACUACUUUAUUUUCAAACUUGUAACUUUGAAGAAUAUCUUCGAAAAGUUUAAAGAUGAUUCUUGGACCUUUAUUUAAAAUACUCUCGGAUGAGUGACAAGGCGAGUGUGGCCUUGUAAUUAUUUAUCAAAAGAGGUUUCCGAAAAUGGAAUAUGGUAACCGAAGCAACCGCUUUAAUCAAACCACGAAAUUUUAACAGAAACCAAAACGAUAUUCCAAAAACAGAAAGAUGGGUUCCACAAGAGACGUCAUGGGCCCGUCAAAAUAUCCAAACCGUGGCUUAACAGCGGAAUACAGUGUCCCUACGAGCGUGCCUUUCCCAUGCACUAGUCACUUGUGCCCUACGUAGCCCCACUGUCACGUCACCUUCGAGCCUUUACUUUCUUCUUAAGGAAAACAUUUUCUUCUGACAUCUUUUCAUCACCAAUACUUUUUGCCCUUUAUGUUUGUCGUCUUGCUUUUUCUCCUAAGGCCAUCAUUAUCGCUAGGACAAUUUUAAGUCCUUAAAAUAAAAAAAAUAAAGGACGCAAGAGAUAUCAAAGAAGGAAAGAGGAAGGACGAGCUGCGACGUUUCUUAUAUAACGACUUUUCCCCUCGGUCCUAGUAUUUUUGUGGGUCCCCUGCCCUUAAGGACCAGCUAGGACUUUGCGAUAAUGUUGCCCUAAGGUGUCUCUAUACUCAAUAGUGAGUAACGUGUUAAAUUUGAGAGUGAGUGACGACGAGAGUGACGUUCUUUUUUGUAAGCGGAAUAUAUGUUAGAAAUGAUACUAUAUUAUCGAGAUACGAUUAUUGUUUUUGUAUGUUGAUUGAGCCCUUGACUCUAAAGGCCUUCUUACACCCACGUGACUGGAUUUAAACCACAAGUUUUUCAUAGAUAGAUUUGAGAUAUUUUAAUAUCUACAGUUUUUGACCAAAAAGGAGAUAUUGUUUUAUUAAUAUAAUCGAGAGAGUGAUGUAUAACUUGAUAAUGUAUCGGUUUACUCUCAUCCAUGGCUUCAGUCUUCAGACGAAACUAGCUUCAUUUGUACAAUAUGUCUAACACUAUAUUUAUGUUCGUAUAUUACACCAACUUAGUACUUUAAGAAACAUAUGUCUGGGGAUAAGCGACAAACACAAUCGUAUUCAUAUUAUAUUCGAACUUCAAAUUCAUACUGUGUGUGUACUUAUAAAAUCGUUUUGAUUAUUAAACAAGUACCAAAAGGAUAGAAAACCUGUGGUUUUAUAGUGUAUAUAUUGUAAAAGAAAAACGAAAGAGCCAUUGUCCAUUACUCCAAGGGUUAUAAGCUAGUCAACCUUCCUUUCACAAAUAUCCCUUAUUUAUUCCCUUAACUCAUUGUGCAAUCCAAACCAUGAUAGUGCUUAAUUUUUAGCAAGAGAGACUUUCGUUGAGUAGGUAAAUUAUCGAAAAUAUCUUUCUUUGUUCCAAAACCAAACUUGUUAAUCUCUUCACUAAAAAGUAAAAACCCUAUAAUAUGUCGACGGCUUCCCUCUUCAUCACCUCUCUCUCUCUCGUACAAACUUGUAGCCUUGACAGCAAUUGAGUUAAAACUAUAAUAUCCUUUCUCACUACAAUCACACAACACUUACCAACGAUUUAGAUUUCACUUAUUAACCGAUAAAAUUUUAAUAAACACAGUUAUAUUUAUUUGAAGUUUACCAUUUAUCAUUCAUUAAUGCAUUAGAAAUGUAAAAAUGCAUAUUUUCUUCUUUUUUUUUGAUCAAACAUAUUCAUUCAUAAAGGAAAUAGAGGGAGUAUACGAUAAUAAUAAAUAGACAGUACUUAAGCUAUUAUUAUUCUUUGAGCAACACACUUAAGCUAUUAUUUCGCAGAUCUUUUAGAUUUCGUGAUUCUAGAUGGGUUGAUCAAUAAUAGCAUUUUGUUUAUUCAUGGAAUUUAAUAGAUAAAUACAGAGUUGUCCUACACAAAACAAACACAGCCACACAUUCGCACAAUAAAAGUUAAAAACUCCCAUAAAGGUAUAACGAGUGAAGAGUCAAAAGCUAUACACAUAAAGGUCAAGAUGUCACGUGGCGUCCUAUGAGUGAAUGAAAACAACGCAUUCACACAAAACCGUGGGAUCACUUAACUGUGUUCUGUCCACAUGUCACUCGCAGAGCCAAAAACACCGUGUUCUUCUCAAAUCAUACCCCACACAAUUCCAAUAUUUCGGGCCAAUAUAAACACCAACUCUUAUUCCCACUUUUCUCAAACCACAAACUUUUAAAAUCCACCUGAAAAAGAACAUAAAGAGAGAUAGAUAAAAUAGAUAUUUUAUCAAACCGGACAGAACAAAGAUCUUGUUAGUUAGUUACUUACUGUACUCAGCCUUAUCCAGUUUUUUUCAAAAGAUUUUUCAACAAUGAACACAUUCCCUGCGUCCACUGAAAUGGUUGGCUCCGAGAACGAGUCUCCGGUUACUACGGUAGCAGGAGGUGAUUAUUAUCCCAUGUUGGCGGCAAGCUGUCCGAAGAAGCCAGCGGGUAGGAAGAAGUUUCAGGAGACACGUCACCCCAUUUACCGAGGAGUUCGUCUGAGAAAGUCAGGUAAGUGGGUGUGUGAAGUGAGGGAACCAAACAAGAAAUCUAGAAUUUGGCUUGGAACUUUCAAAACAGCUGAGAUGGCAGCUCGUGCUCACGACGUCGCUGCCCUAGCCCUCCGUGGAAGAGGCGCCUGCCUCAAUUAUGCGGACUCGGCUUGGCGGCUCCGCAUCCCGGAGACAACCUGCCACAAGGAUAUCCAGAAGGCUGCUGCUGAAGCCGCAUUGGCUUUUGAGGCUGAGAAAAGUGAUGUGACGAUGCAAAAUGGCCAGAACAUGGAGGAGACGACGGCGGUGGCUUCUCAGGCUGAAGUGAAUGACACGACGACAGAACAUGGCAUGAACAUGGAGGAGGCAACGGCAGUGGCUUCUCAGGCUGAGAUGAAUGACACGACGACGGAUCAUGGCGUAGACAUGGAGGAGACAAUGGUGGAGGCUGUUUUUACUGAGGAACAAAGUGAAGGGUUUAACAUGGCGAAGGAGUCGACGGUGGAGGCUGCUGUUGUCACUACAAGAAAACACGUUUUUGCCGACUGAUUUUACCGACUGAUUAUGUAGUCGCUAAAUAUACCGACUGAUUCACGA